GUCCCAUCAACUGUCGCGCACUGAUGACGUAUGAUCCGGCGCUGAGUAUUAAACUGGUUUCGUUUUCCUGCUUGGUGAGACUCACCUCCAGUAUCCCACAUUCCAACAUGACCAAGCUCGCCGAGUGGCUCUUCGGUAUCUCUGUGGUCGGGGCCCUGUGGGGGGUGGUGACCUUUGACCUGCUGGGCCUGAGGCUGCCGGCAGCCUGGCAGGAGGUGGCCUGGCCGAUGCCCGUUUACCUGCUGGUGGCGUUCGGCUGCUACUCGCUGGCCACCGUCGGUUACCGAGUCGCCACUUUCAAUGACUGCGAGGAGGCUGCCCGGGAGCUGCAGGAGCAGAUCCAGGAGGCCAGGGUGGACCUUCGGAGGAAGGGACUGAGGUUCUGAGCCGAACACACGGGCCGUGCUCUGGAUUGCUAUUUCGGCUCAAGGCACUGGAGCCGGAGAACCACUGGACUGACGGUGUCCUUGUUCGAAUCCUGAACCUGCUGCGGGAUCUGUACCCUACAGACUUACUGCUGUUUGUUUUGUCAUCUGUUCACUCUCACCCCCACCUGCCUCUUGGCUCUCUCAUCUAUCCUCUUCCCCCAGCCUCUGUAGUGUGCCUCCUAUCCUUGACUCCUCUUUCUCUCACCUGCUCUAACUCCUGUCUUACCUCUCCCACCUCCCUCUCUCCUCUUCUCUCCCACUCCUCUU